AUGAUGGGCGGUGGCUACAAAUCGGGAGGAAUAACCGGCGAUCGAUCGCAGCGAUCUGUGUUUGGUAAGACAUAUCAACAUUUUAUGUUUUUCUAUCAAUUCUUUCUCUUCAGUCGGAAAUAUUAGUUACGAUGUCACGGAAGACACCAUAAGAUCGAUUUUCUCAAAGGUUUGUUAAUUAGUAUUUCGCCUCAACUUUCUAAAUAUCAUUAUUUUAGGCCGGAAAUGUGGUAUCGAUUAAAAUGGUGCACGACAGAGAGACCGGAAAGCCAAAGGGCUACGGAUUCAUUGAAUACCCAGACGUUGCUACCUCCGAAAUGGCCAUUCGCAACCUCAAUGGGUUAGUUCACAGUUUUUCUUUAAAAUUAUACAGUAAAAAUUGUUCAGAUAUGAGCUAAGUGGUCGUAUUCUGCGCGUUGACAGUGCUGCUGGAGGAAUUAACAUGGAAGAGUUCAACCAGGAAUCCAGAACACCGGCUAUCGUUGAGGAGAAUCCGUACGGACCCGAGUGCGAUGCCUCUAAGGCUCCGGAGAGAAUCGCACAGACCAUCGCAUCGUUGGCUCCGGAGAAGAUGUUCGAGCUGAUGAAACAGCUCCAGGAGGUUAGAGUUUUCAAAUAAAUUCAUGAAGUAACAAAGGGAAUAUUCAGGCUCUGAGAAACAACCCGUCCGAGGUUAAUAGCGUGCUCGUCGAGAAUCCGCAGCUCUCCUACGCGGUGCUCCAGGCGGCCGUCGUCAUGCGCAUCGUCGAUCCACAGACUGCUCUCGGGCUGCUACAUCGCAACAAAGCGUCGACGGUGGCUCCGUUCAGCAACUUGGGGCAGCCGCAAGCUGCUCCGAUCUCUCAGCAGCAGAUGCCGUUGCCACUCCCACAGAACCCGCCAAAGAACACUUUUGCGCAUCCAGCCGGACCAGCAAUGCUUCCUCCGAUGGGACACCCACAGGGACCGCAGUUCGCACAGAACUACGGUCAGCCGAUGGCCCCGCCACAGCAGCAGCAGCCUCCGUUUGUGCAGAAACCGCCAGCGAAACCAGCACAGCCGGAGAUCACGAAGGAGGAGCAGCAGAACGCGGAACUGUUGAUGCAAGUGAUGCAGCUCAGCGAGCACGAUCUCCAGAUGCUUCCGGCCGGCGACCGCGAGAAGAUCAUCGAGCUAAGACAGCAAUUGAAACGGAAUGUAAAGUAA